UGCGUCCUGGGCUGAAGUGCUGCUAGUAGCAGAACCUGGUCCAGCGCGCUGACAGUGUUCGGGAGCUAGGGUGGUACUGGUACCGGAUCCACAGCACAGACCGGCGUCUGAUCUAGCCCGCCUGCUGAAAGGAUGGCUGAUCGGGAGCAGCUGCUGCAGAGAGCCCGCUUAGCGGAGCAGGCGGAAAGAUAUGAGGACAUGGCGGCAGCAAUGAAAUCGGUCACAGAACUGAACGAGCCUUUGUCUAACGAGGAUCGGAACUUGCUGUCUGUAGCCUACAAAAACGUGGUCGGGGCACGCCGCUCCUCAUGGCGUGUGAUAAGCAGCAUUGAGCAGAAGACACUAGCAGAUGGCAAUGAAAAGAAACUGGAAAAGGUGAAAGCCUACCGAGAGAAGAUCGAGGCAGAGCUGGAGGCGGUAUGUAGUGAAGUGCUGUCACUUCUAGACAAGUUUCUCAUCAAGAACUGCAACGACUUCCAGUACGAGAGCAAAGUAUUCUAUCUAAAGAUGAAGGGCGAUUACUAUCGCUACCUGUCAGAGGUGGGCUCAGGAGAGAGAAAGCGAAGUGUGACCGAAGCAUCCGAAGCCGCGUACAAGGAGGCCUUUGAAAUCAGCAAAGAACACAUGCAGCCGACCCACCCCAUCCGACUGGGCCUGGCCCUUAACUUCUCUGUCUUCUAUUAUGAGAUACAGGGUAACCCCGAGCAGGCUUGUCUCCUUGCCAAGCAGGCCUUCGAUGAUGCCAUUGCUGAGCUAGAUACGCUAAAUGAAGAUUCCUAUAAGGACUCCACCCUCAUUAUGCAGCUGCUGCGUGACAACCUGACCCUGUGGACAAGUGACCAGCAAGAUGAAGAGACUGGAGAAGGGAACAACUAAAGAGGGCCCUGCGUUUUGCUGCUGCCCAUUAAUGACCCGCUCCCCAACACCACUUGCCACCCACACUUCCAACCCUUAACCCCAAACAUGUCCUGUGCUUAUCAUAUCCGUAUCAUUGGCACAACUGCUCAUACUGCUGCCUGCCUGGGGAGAACGGGUUCUUGCGGAGUCCUCUUGGGCAUUGCUGGAUUGCGUUGGCACAUCAGCUGUUUCUUAGGUUUCCCUCGCCUUGAGCGGGGUUGAAGAGAAGCUGCGGUUUAAGAAAGGCGCCCAAACUCUCCUAGUUGAUAGGGCAAGUACGGGCUGGAAUGAAGCAAAGUGGUCCUGUUUUAUUCCGUUAAGAUACUCUGGUUUAGUUUUAAUUUGUGCAGCAUUCCUUGUGCAUGUAAUAUUGCCCUGGUCCCCUUCUGGUGAGGUGCCGCCACAGCUAAGACUGUGAUUGGCCAGUGCUCAGAGGGAUAGGGAGCCACAUCCUUUUUUUUUUUUUUUUUUUUAGCUUACAAUAGACGUUUUACAUGUGAGCUUUGUGAGGUUUCUCAGUGCCCUUUUAACUUAUGGCGUGUUUAUAAUUCUGCAUCUCCUGUGGGUUUGGAUGCUCUUUUUUUCAUUUUGUUUUAUUUUAUUUUUUUAUUAUUUUUCUGCUACUUUUGAGGGCCUCAUUAUUUGAUUGUUAGUUGUGUGCUGGUCAGUCCUUGUAUGGUCUGGCUACACCUGCACAGUGUGUACUCGCCUGUUACAAUGGAUGCUGAUAUAAUGCCAGACACCCAAUUUAAAUGUCUUGGGAUUACUUGGAUGAAAUAAAUGCUGCUUUGAGGAUA